CAAAACUUAUUGGGACGAUACAUAAUUAAAUAGCAAUAAUUCAGACUUGAGUUGUCCUAAUUGUUGGUGUAACGAAUUUCCUCCUCCGACUCGUCAGGAUCUUUGAGAAAUUCUACAUUGGAAAUUUUCUUUGGUUGUCUUCUGUCAACUUUUGUUCUCUCAUUCGAUCUCCACAAGCACAGCUGAAACCUCUCCCUUGCUUUUGUAUUCAAGCAAGCAAUCUCUCUUGAGAAACAUCUUAUCUAUAACCUUCUUCCCAAAAAGAGAAAAAAUAGAAAUAAAAUGGCUCUAGGAAGGUCUCGUACCAGUAAGCGUAGCUCAUCAUCUUCUUCCUAUGCAUCAACUAUUACUACGGUAGCAUUCAUAGCAGUAUGUGUUGUAGGUGUGUGGAUGCUAACCUCCAACUCUGUAGUCCCUCCACAGACCACCGCUCGGACAGCCGAGGUAACCACCAUCAGCACUGUGGAUGAACCUGAUGUUACCUCGUCCAAUGAGGUGCAGAAUAAUGAACCCAGUAACAAAAAAGAUCAACCUGUUUUCGAAGACAAUCCUGGUGAUCUUCCUGCUGAUGCUAUCAAAUCUGAUGAUCCUAAAACCAUCAAUGAGCAGAGUAAUAAUGGUAAACAAGAUACUGGGGAACAGGUUGCUGUUGUUGAAGAGAACUCGCAGAGUUUGAAGGGGAAAGAACCUGGUGAGGAGCAAGAGAAGCAGAGAGAAAGCCAGACUCAGGUAUCUGAGGAGAGCACACUCAGUCAAAACCAGCAAGCCGAUCAAACCAACCGAGAAAUUUCUGAAUCUGAUCAGGGAAGCCGGAAAACAAGAAAUGAGGAGAGCAAUGAGAAUCAAGAGCAAACCACAGUCUCUGAAAAUGGUGAAAAUUCACAGGAUCAAUUUCAGAAUCAAAAGCAAAAUGAAGAUCAACAACGAGAACAGCGAGAAAAGAUUGAUAUAGGCAAGAAUUCACUGGAUUCUCAGAACCAAGAAUUAAACGCAGAUCAACAACAACAGAAAAAAGAAACUGAAAGCACAGAAAAAAAUAAGGAAUCUCAAAAUUCGAAAUCAUAUGAGGAACAGCAACAACAACAACGACAAGAAGACGCUGGAAUUCAGACGACUUCUCAAGAAUCUCAAAAUGAGAUAUCAGAAGAAGAUCAAAAAGAGAGACUGAAGCAACAACAACAAGAGCAACAACAGCAGCAGAAGCAGCAGCAAGAACAAAAGCAAGACUCAGCCUCUAGUGAUGAAACACAACAACAGCAUCAAUUUGAAGACGUAACUGUCCCUGGAAUUAAACAAAAUGAGGAUAAAAAAUCUGAAAAAGCAACAGAGGACAUAAAAACCCAAGCUGAGAAUCAACAAACCCAGCAAGAGUCUAAAGGUGAAAACAAUCCCAUCCCAGAAACAAAACAGGACACAACAACGGAAGAUAAGUCAAUUGAAAGGAACCCAGCUGGCGAGUCAUCAUUCCCUAGUGGUGGGACUUCAGGAAUACCCAAAGAAUCGAAGGAAUCAAAGAAGUCCUGGUCAACUCAGGCAGCGGAAUCAGAGAACCAGAAAGAGAGACGGAAAGAGGAAUCAGAUGGUAAAGAAAGCAUCUACGGAUACACAUGGCCACUCUGUAACGUCACAGCAGGUCCUGAUUAUAUACCUUGUUUGGACAACGAGAAGGCAAUCAAGCAGUUGAGAAGUACCAGGCACUUUGAGCAUCGGGAGAGGCAUUGCCCUGAGGAGGGACCCACUUGUUUGGUCCCACUUCCCGAGGGAUACAAAACGCCCAUCACAUGGCCUGGAAGCAGAGACAAGAUAUGGUAUCAUAAUGUACCUCAUACGAAAUUGGCGGAGGUGAAGGGUCACCAGAAUUGGGUUAAGGUGACGGGUGAACUGUUGACCUUCCCAGGUGGUGGCACCCAAUUCAUACAUGGAGCUCUCCACUACAUUGAGUUUCUUCAAAAGGCAGUGCCCAACAUAGAAUGGGGGAAGCAUACUCGAGUGAUUUUGGACGUGGGGUGCGGGGUUGCAAGCUUUGGCGGUUACCUUUUCGAAAAGGAUGUUCUUACAAUGUCUUUUGCACCAAAGGAUGAACAUGAAGCCCAAGUGCAAUUCGCCCUAGAAAGAGGAAUACCUGCCAUAUCCGCUGUCAUGGGUUCUCAGCGUCUCCCAUUCCCAAGCGGGGUCUUCGAUCUCAUCCACUGUGCUCGCUGUAGAGUGCCUUGGCACGCUGAUGGUGGUAUGCUACUCUUGGAAUUGAACCGUGUCCUGCGACCUGGAGGAUAUUUUGUUUGGUCGGCUACUCCUGUUUACCAAAAACUUCAAGAAGAUGUGGAGAUAUGGAAAGCAAUGUCUGCAUUGACGGUAUCCAUGUGUUGGGAGCCCGUGACGAUUAAGAAGGACAAACUUAAUUCUAUUGGUGCUGCCAUCUACCGCAAACCAACCUCUAAUGAUUGCUACAAUCAAAGAAAGAAAAAUAUUCCUCCAUUGUGUAAGAGUGAUGAUGAUCCGAGUGCUGCCUGGUACGUACCUCUGCAGGCGUGCAUGCAUGAGGUGCCUGUCGACUACAAUGAAAGAGGGGCUCGGUGGCCUGAGAAUUGGCCUCGUAGACUACAGACACCUCCUUACUGGCUAAACAGCUCUCAGAUGGGGAUCUAUGGGAAACCAGCUCCUCAGGAUUUUGCCACAGAUUAUGAACAUUGGAAACAUGUAGUGCGCAACUCAUACAUAAAGGGGCUAGGAAUCAGUUGGUCCAACGUCAGAAAUAUUAUGGACAUGAGAGCUGUUUAUGGAGGGUUUGCCGCAGCUCUGAUGGACCUUAAGGUAUGGGUCUUAAACGUUGUGAACGUAGAUUCCCCAGACACGCUUCCUAUAAUAUAUGAGAGAGGCCUUUUUGGUAUAUACCAUGAUUGGUGUGAAUCCUUCAGCACUUACCCUCGAACUUAUGACCUCCUCCAUGCUGAUCAUCUCUUCUCAAAGCUGAAGAAAAGGUGCAAACUUGCUCCUGUUAUGGCAGAGGUUGAUAGGAUAGUGAGACCUGGAGGUAAAUUGAUCGUUCGUGAUGAGUCCAAAGCAAUAGGAGAAGUUGAGAACCUGUUAAAGUCCCUGAGAUGGGAGGUUCAUCUAACCUUCUCCAGAGACCAAGAAGGCUUGCUCAGCGCACAGAAAGGUGAUUGGCGGCCACAAACACUUGCAGCUUCUUCCUGA